AUGGGGGCGUUGUGUUCCUGCACCGGAGCCAGAAAAAUGACAAAAAAAGGCAUGAAAGUGUCCGAGAGCGUGGGAGAGAUCGAUGCAGCUGUGCAGGCUCCUGACCUGCGACCGGCAAUGGACUACAUGAACAACGCCUCCAACAGCUACAGCUCCGGAGACACCAUGAGCUCCUCUCUCGCCAACAUGACCAUCAACGACCAGCACCACCAGGAGAACGGCGUGCAGGCGGGACACAGAAGCCCCGGGGACGCCAAGAUGAAAGAGGACGAAGCGUCUCUCUGCAGUGAAAACGGAGCGAAACCGUCUGAACUGUAUGAGGACGAGCUGACAGCCGUAGAGACGUCUGCAGAGGACGGCGGCGUCGCAGCUGAAGCGCCCGAGCUCUCGCAAACAAAGAGCGCCUCGUGUGAGGACGAGGGGCCGAUGGCAGCAGGAGGAGGAGCCGCUCCAACAGCUCCAAAGAUGGAUAACGGCUCUGCAGAUAAGAGUCUUGGAGGAGCGAAGUCUCAAACCCCCGGAGCCAAGACUUCUGCCAGAACUUCAGCUCAGCCAGAUGGGAGCGGUCAGAGCAGCCCCGGCACCAUCCAGUCCCCGUCCAGCGCCGCUCAGUCUGCUAAGGCAGCGGCCGAGGCCAACAAGCUGAAGAAGGUCGCCGUGGUGCGCUCCACGCCCAAAUCCCCCGGCUCGCUGAAGAGCCGCCCGCCAGCGCCCCUGGCUGCAGCCGCGCCCAUGCCGGACCUGAAGAACGUCCGCUCCAAGAUCGGCUCCACAGACAACAUCAAACACCAGCCGGGAGGAGGGAAGGUGCAAAUCCUUGAUCAGAAGGUGGACUUUAGUAGUGUCCAGUCUAAGUGCGGCUCCAAAGCCAAUGUGAAACAUGUUCCCGGGGGCGGCAAUGUCCAGAUCCUGGAUAAGAAGCUGGACUUGUCUAACGUCCAGGCUCGCUGUGGAUCUAAAGACAACCUGAAGCACACGCCCGGAGGAGGCAGGGUUCAGAUUGUGCACAAAAAGAUCGAUCUGACCAACGUUCAGUCGAAAUGUGGAUCAAAAGACAACAUUCGUCACAAACCAGGUGGAGGAAAUAUUGAGAUAAAACACGAGAAGCUGGAGUUCAGAGUCCAGUCUAAGAUUGGCUCUCUGGACAACAUCGGCCACGUUCCCGGAGGAGGACAGAGAAAGAUUGAGAGCCACAAGCUGAGUUUCCGUGAGUCGGCCAAGGCUCGUACGGACCACGGCGCUGAGAUCGUGUCUCUGGAGGAUUCCCCCCACCAGCUCAGCACCGUCUCCUCCUCCGGCAGCAUCAACAUGGCCGACUCUCCGCAGCUCUCCACGCUGGCCGACCAGGUGUCCGCCUCGCUGGCCAAACAAGGCUUGUGAAUGCACUUCCUCCUCCUCCUCCUCUUCCUCCUCCUUCUCCUCCACCUCAACCACACGACCACGUUUAGAGGAGUUGUGAUGCCUUCCUCGUUACGUUCACAGGACUUUUUUAGCUCCAUCACUGUUUAUCCUCACUAACCUUUGAAACUGAGAAAGAAAAAGAUUAACCCGUAGGCCGACGUGUAUUUAAUUCUCUCUGUUUCUACCUUUUGUAAGUCUCCCUUUAAGCAGAGCAAACUUCUCCCUGUGAAUCUGAGGCCGUCCACUCACAUUAGCGCUCGGUUUCCCGUCACAUUGACUGUAAACCCUCUUUAGAAACGUUCUGUUGUCCGUGUCCCUCCGGUGGUAUUUCUUUAGGUAAAACCCGGCGCGAGGCCUGGGUCCUGCUGCAGCAGAGGGAACAGGGUUCAGGUGAGUGAGGGAGCGAGAGGGAAAAAAAACCUUCAAAAAGAAAAGUAGCAGAUUUUUUCUCGUCAAAGGCAGAAAGAAGAAAAGCUUUCAGACCUCAGUGCUGUCUUUUGCUUCGUGUAGUCCCGACACGCCGAGGGGUGAGUCCAGGUACGUCUCAAAACAUUAGAAUAUCGUGAAAAAGUUCAAUAUUUUUUGUCAGUCAUUCCAGAAAGUGAAACUCAUACAUUAUAUAGAUUCAUUAGCCAUAGAGUAAAAUAUUUCAAGCCUGUUUUUCUUGUAAUUUUGAUGAUUCUGGCUAAGACAUAAUCAAAAAAAGUCAAAAAUGGUCAAAAUUUAAGUGUGUUGAUACAUAUUAGAGCAUAGUUUGCCCAUAAAUGACAGAAAAACACCAAUUAUGGGAUGUCCAAAAAUUGGACAAAAACAAAAAAGUCAUACUAUUCAUGUCGUUUUUUGUCAAAAAUGGUUUAAAAUGCCGAAAAAUGCUAAAAAUGACUUUAUUAUAGUCUGUUGAUUUAUAUUAGUUGUAUAGUUUGUCCAUAAAUGACAGAAAAACACCAAUUAUACACUCUGUGUGUAAUGAAUCUGUUUAAUAAAUUAGUUUCACUUUCUGAAAUAAUUGACAAAAAAAAUUGAACUUUUUCACAACAUUCAAUUUUUUUAGAUGUACCUGUAAGUAAAACAAAAAAAAAAGAGAAAGAAAACCAUAAAAAAAAGACGAACGGCUAGAGUAGAAACUUUGGUUUGUGUUGGGCACAGUUUUAUAAUCGUAUCUGUGGAUAUAUGACAUGUAUUUGAUAUGAAGAAACAUUUGUAUCGUGCCUGCUACUGUCAGUGUUAUUUUACUUUUUGUUACUGCUGCUCUGUUGUAUAAAAACGCUAAAAAAAAAAAAGCUUGAUGGAGGAUAAAAUUUAACCUUUUAUCACGGCCAAAUUAUUAAGACAUUAAUCUGCUGUAUGCACAUUAAACAGGUAGGUAGAAUAAACGUCAUCAGUUAACGGAAAGUUCUGUUAAAGAGAGACUACGUAACUCUAAAAUAAAGAAAUAAUGCUACAUGCUAAGCUACUGUAGAGCAGCUGACGUUACAUAGUCUCACUUUAAAUAACGUAGUGUUAUUAAAAUGUACUCAGCCAGAAUGAAUAUUAAAGGAGCAGAUGAAUGGAUGAACAGACGGAUGGAUGAUGAUGAUGAUGAUGGAUGAAGGUUGAUCGGGCCAAGAAGAGAUGAGGGAAGAAAAAAAACUGCAAAGUGCAGUUUAAUCAUUUACACCUGAGGCCAGAACCACCGUGCUCGCAAUUAUUAUUAUUAUUAUUAUUAUUAUUAUUUAUAAUGCCGUUAAUCUUAAGCUCAUGAGUUAAUUAUUUAUUUGUGUGCAACAAUUAGACGAUUAAUCAAUUUAUUGGCAACUAUCUAUCCAAACUUUUGCUUUUUUCUGCUUCUUAAAUGUGUCGUGAGUGAAAAUAAACUGAAAAACUUCAGAUUUCUGCACUUUUGUUUGGAUAAAAUACUAUUUGAAUGCGUCAGCCUGAGGUCUGGGGAAUAGCAUGGCGCAAUUUUCACUUUUUUCUGACAAUUUAUUAACAAAACGACUAACGGAAUAACGCAGAAAAUGAAACAAAACUAAUAAAUUAAUUGGUUAAAUAAUUGUUCUGCAGAUUAGGUCUGCAGCAAAUAAAGCUCCAAAUAGAGCAAUUUACUUUAUUUUGAGAGGAAAAAAAUGCAGAUAUUAAGAUAAUUUAUCACGAGAGAACGACUUGUUUUCUUAAGAUCACAAGAUUAAAAUAAAAAUAAAGUUCAGGAUCUCUGUUGAUUCAGAACUGUUAAUUGAUUAACGAGGACUCCUUGAUUUGACAUUUUCAUCUUAAAUAAACUGUCGGGAUGUCCUGAUCUCUGAUAAAUAUCAGAAGUAAUCAGAGGAAACAAGCUUUAGUUUUCUCGUGAUAAUUAUUUAAUUAUCUCGUCAUCUUAAGAGAACUUAACGGCAUUCAAAUAAAAAUAUUGCAAACAUGGCCGUUCUCUGUUUCUGUACUGAGCACUGAACACAGGACUGAACAUGGCCACUCUCAGCUGGUUGCUUUUAUCUUCUGAUUAAAAAAUAAUAAAAAUAAAAAGCUGCAGAACAUGGCCAAAAGUAUGUGGACACCUGAAUAUUACACAUGUGGUUUUAAGCAUCUUAUUUAAACGGAAUGUGCUCUAAUCUGAUGAUUUUACAGCCUUUGUUUGUUUGUUUUUAAACCUUUUUGCUGUGACAGCCCUCCUUGUUUAUCUGUAUUUUAUCUGAAUACUUUCUAAAGGUUUAAAGUGGUAAAAUAAUGCACUAAUUCACAGGCAUAAGAGGAAAGUAUGCAAAUUAAUGCAUGUUUUAUUCUGCUCUACUCUGCUGUUUUUCAGCCCACGAUGACUUUAAAAUUAUCUUGUGACCUCUAGUGGAAGAUCUCAGCCCUCAGUCAGUAAAUAUUGUGUCCGCAGCCUUAAAAAUUAAUUAAUUGCCACUAACAAGCACUAAUUGGUACAUCAGGACAGUCAAACGUCACAAUAAGGGAUGUUUUAUGGGCUACUCCUGUAAAGGUGUUAUCAUUAAAACUAAUCAAACUAUGAUGGUGUGUUCAAAUUCUAUAUAUUUAUUAUUCAAUAUUCAAGCAUUUUGCUCCCUUUAAGCUAUUGCUGCACAUCUGGACUCGUCUCUUCUCUAUUUUGACCAAAUUCUUUUACUUUGGUUUCGUUCAAACUUGAUUUCAGGGGGAAAAGACUCAAAGUGCAGUAAUUAAUCAGGGCUGUCCACAAACUUUUGUCCACUUUGUGUGAUUUGGCUUCAGGUCAGAAAAGCCUCUGAGGGAGAAAUCUGAUUAUUACUGUAAAGAAUCUUGUUUCGGUUGAAUGAAAUGAAUGCAACCAGCUGUUUUCCCUCAAUUUGUAACAAACAAUGUUCCCUUAAAACUAUAUCAAUGUGCUCAAACAGCGUCCUGUUGAUCAGUUCUCCCAGUGAUUCGUCACUAUUACUCACUUUAAUAUUAAGGAACUUCUUGCAUGCACCUCAUGUAAGAGAGUCUGCUUGUUGCCUCCCCCUUUCACAAAGUGGUCUCUUUGUAUAUCCUGUUUUAUAAACUGAAAGAGAGGAACAGCUGUGUGUGCUUCACAUGUUGCCAACAUAGAUUUAAAGACUUUUAUCUCUAUGAUCGCACUUUGACUUAGCAGAUAGGACUGAAGGGUUGUGCUUGCAACAUUAUCUGCAUGCUAAAUUCUUUUUUCUGUUCAAAUAGACACAUUCGUCUCAGUGCAGGACAGACAGACAGGCAGACAGACAGACAGGGUGAGGGCGGGGCGGUGCUCCAGCGGUGCAGAGGAGAACGUUAGAGUGUGCAGUCAUGUGCUUUGGUGGGUCCUCUCAUGUCACGAGAGGGUUUUUCUGCAGUAACAAAACUUUUUUUGGUUACUUCUGACGCUGUACAGUUGUGGAAAUGUGAUUGUUCUCGUUAUUGUGCAUUUGAUCAAUAACUGGUUUAUGAUGAUUCUUGUUGCUGUAUAUGUGUAUUUGAAAAUAAAUGCUAUGAAGUCAC